AUGGGAGGUAAACUGAGUCAAGCCAGAGAAACUGGCCUGAAAGAACAGAAGAAACCCCCCAAUACCACUGUGAAUCGGUUCCUGAGGUGGGUGCUGCCUGCUCCCUGUGCCCGGUUUUUAUGGCGAAAGCCGGGAGAGUUUCCUGUGACUUCGUUCCUGCUGGGAGCUGGCGUUGGAGGGCUCCUUUCUGUGGGUAUCUCCCAUAUUUUGGUGACUCCCAUAAACCUCUAUGAAGAACAGAAGAUGACACUGAUGUACAACAUAGUGGGCCUGGGGGCCCUGGGCUGGGGCACUUCCCCCCAUAUUCGCUGUGCCAGCCUUCUGCUGAUCCCCAAAGUGCUGGGCAAAGAGGGAAGACUGCUGGUGCUCGGCUACAUACUGACUGCCAUCUACAAGGGGCCCGUGACCAAUCUUCGCCACAACAUGAAUGAAGUGGUCUUAUCUCUGGGCUGUACGGUAGAGAUGCAGAUCAACCAUACCCGAAUGGCUUGGAGAGUCUCCACAUCUCCUCUGCGAUCUGUAUUCAAGGAACUUCUGAGUAAAAAAGAAGACCUGAAAUUUGAUACUCACACUAUCUCAGAGUCCUUUAAAGAAUUGGAUGCUCAGGUGGAGAGUAAUGAUGGCUUUGAAUCAGAGGCAUCCGGGGAGUUAGAGGACCAGGGCCCCAAGGUCCGAAUGGGAGUAGAAGGAAUGAAGCCCUCCACUCAGAAGAUCUAUGAAUUCAAGACCAGGCUUCGCUGCUUCUAUAUUGUGAACAGAGCUGUUCGAAGCUGCCAGCGAUGGUUCGAUCACAAGCAUGCCCAUUGCAUGGAGAAGAUCAAAGUUCCGCUCUUGAACCAUCUCCUGUGCCUACCCAUGACGUUCAAGUUCCUGUGCCGCAUCGCCUGGAUAAUGGAGCCCUGGUGCCGAAAUCGAAUCCCUGUGGAAGGCAACUUUGGCCAGACCUACGAUUCGCUCAACCAAUCCAUGCAAGGGCUGGGAGGAGAGUUCUCUGCCCACAUAAAUGUCAAGAAAGAGAAUCAAACAGCACUCGUGGGCAUCAACGUGACCAAGGCCCAGCUGAGGGAGGAAGUGAAAGAUUACAUUGACUAUCAGGUGGUCCAGCUGGACCAAACCUUGGGGCUGCUUCGGGUCCUGCUCUCCUGCACGUUCCUCUUGGUUUUCCAGGCGGCCUUCUCCUACACGGACAACUAUAACCGAGACAUCCGUUUUGACAACAUCUACAUCAGUACUUACUUCCGCCAGAUUGAUGAGAGAAGGAAGAAGCUGGGUAGACAGAGCCUCCUGCCUCUCCGAAAAGCCGAGAAGUCCACUGUCAUUUUCCCCUGCAAACUGACCAUCCAGGCAAAUGAGAUGAAGAAUGUGGUUCGGGAACUGGUGGAAUCCUUGCCAGUGGUGAUGCUGUUGCUGAUCCUGUGUGUGUUGGACUGGGCCUUCUACACCAUCUUUGACACCAUCCGCAGACACUCCUUCCUACAGUAUAGCUUCAGCAGCAGUCACCAUCUGGAAGUGAAGGUAGGGGGAGAUUCCAUGCUGGCCAGACUCCUAAGAAGGACCAUCGGGGCCUUAAACACAUCCUCUGAGAUGUUGAUAGAGUCAAGCAACAUAGCUUGUCUGCCCAAGCCAGUAGGCAUGAACUCCCAAGACUACGUGAAGGUCUUUUGGCCUACUGGCCUGCUGGUGCUACUCUGCCUGACACAGGCCUACACCUACCGACUCCGAAGGGUCAUUGCAGCCUUCUACUUCCCCAAGAGAGAGAAGGAGCGUGUCCUGUUUUUCUACAACGACCUUCUCAGGAAAAGGAAGGUCUUCACCAAACUUCGAAGGACUGUCAUCAUAAGGAGGGCUCAAAGGCAAGGGAGGCCUCGCCACCCUCUGGUAGACAGGUGUUGCCAUCGCUGCCUCUUUUUUCGAUACUUGCUGCGCAGGCGCUGCGUGGUGUGCCAGGCCUCCGAGACGGCGGAGUCCUGGAUCUGCCCGACUCAGGGCUGUGGAGCGGUGUACUGCGCCUCAUGCUGGAUAGACAUGAAGAAAAAAUGUCCGGCGUGCACUCCCCGCGACGAACUCUCCUCCUCUGCUUACAGCAACAGCUCGGACGACGCCAUCUACGCGGAGUGAGGGGGAGCCCCAGUUGCCCUCGGGUGGCCUCCCCCAGUGCUCACGUGCCCUGCCCUGUCCAGCCCUGUCUUUUCUUCCAAACCCCGCUCAAUAAAGCUGCCUCCUCGCAAAGCCGUUCAGGUCAAACCAAGGAGGACUGAGGUGGGAUGAGGGGUCGGCUGGGGUCUCGGAAAGGCGCCGCCUUACCAGUCCCGUUCCCUUGGGGCUGCUCUGUCUGACCCCACCUGUGCUGGAGUGGGCCGGGCAGGGCUAGGGAGCCUGAGUUGGGGACAGCGGGACACUGGGAAGCCCAGAGCCACGGAUUAGCGACACCUGGGCCGA